AUGCAGCUCAUCCAGUUCGCCCUGCUCGCCCUCAUGGAGACGCAGAAGGCGGAAUCCGCUGGAGUGCAGAUAGACUUUUCAGUGGCCCUGGAAUGCCUCCAUCAGCUCUCCAACGACCUGCUCGCACUAUCACCAGGAGGCAUGUACGUGCAUAGCUACGACCGCGUCCUUGGGACGGAGUUUACGAUGUUGCGUUCAGCCAUCAAGAGCGCACCCGACAGCAACUGGACAUCUUGUGAAUUCGAUUUCCAGAUCGCGAAAGUGCCAGCAUCUGGUCCCAUCUUCAUCAGCUCCGCCUUGAUCCACGACAAGAUCCGAUAG